AUGGCCAAAGCACAAAGAAACAGCAUAGACUACAGCUCUAUAGAUGAUUUAUCACUUCCUCGUGGAGCAUCUAUAGUCCGGUAUAUGGAAGAGCAUGGCCCAAUUCAAGAACGGAGCAACAGUGAUUCCAAUUUAAACUUAAUCAGCCCACAGAGUUGGUCAAGUCUGUCUGUUGAUAAAACAGUUUUCUGGCUAAGGGAUGUCGGGAAAACUCCUGAUUCGAAAGUCCGUGUGGAGUGGGAUAUCAAGGAAGACGUCGGCGCCCAGGACUGGAUUGGACUCUUUUAUUCUGGUGAGGAGGAUGCUAAAAAAUUCUUAGAUUGCAAAAUCAGAGGAUCAAGCGGAGGUUCCACUGGUGCAAUUAUAUGGGAUUUGGAAGUUGUCGAGCAUUUAUUCACUGAGGCCAAGAAUUUGGUGUGUUUCAAGUACAUCAGUGGCAAUUCAGGUCAAGUGCUAGCUACCAGUACUCCUGUCACUGUGUUUAUAGUUAAGAAUGAUCUGAGGGCCCCAUUUCAAGUGUCAAGCAGUGAUGGAAAUGCUUAUGAUAAUGCACUUUAUUGUCUUACUAUUCAAGACUUGUAUGCUUCGAAUUUGAAAAAGGGCAUGAUUUUCAACUCUGACCCCUAUGUCAAGUUUCAAGUACUACCCCAUAGCCAGAGAGAUUGUAUACAAAAGCAUCAUUAUCGGGAAUACCGGUCCAGUGUUGCCUUCAACACAGCCAAUCCAUCUUGGCCAUCUGAAAAAUUCAAACUUGAAGUUCUAGUAACAGACCUGUUGGACAUUGAGGUGAAACACAAAUUCAGCAAAAGUAAACCCAUGAUGUCAAGAUUCCUUGGUCAUGCUACUAUUCCAGUUCAGAAUAUUGUUGACCGCAUAAGCACUGCACAACAAAAACCUGUUGACUUCAGACUUGAGCUGUUGAGAAAAGGCCCUUCUGAUAAUGUUAGUGGUGAGGUUGGAUUCAAAGCAAACAUCUACCUUCUGUUGCAACCCCUGAGUAACGAUGCCAGUACUUCUAAAGUCAAUGGUGGACUCCAGCGCCAAGCUUCCCUUCCCAGCACAUUGACCUGGGUGGAAGAUAGUGCUCCACGACCUUCACAGAUCCGUCACAGACAUACAGACCCAGGAUUGGCAGUGACAGAAGCAUUAAAUUUGUUGUCGCCUCGUGGGGUUAUCAGUGAGGAGCAGGAAGACAGUGACCUGGGAUCACCAGCAGACAGCAUUCAUAAAACCCAUACCAAGAAGGCCGCUUCCAAUAGCAAGCUAACUUCUGGCUCAGCAACUGUCUUCAGCGAGCCUGAUUCUACCUCGCUGAAUAGUGAAGGACAUUUGACUUCAAAUCCAGAGACUCCAUUGGAUAGUUCUGAUUCGGGGACAUCAGUCUCAGUGAUAUCCAGUUGUGAAAAUUCUGGUGGAUCCAUUCCUUCAGGAACUGUUGUACAGAGUGUUUACAAACCUUCACAUUUAGAAGCUUCUGAGACUUCCCAGUCUCUCACUCAAACUUUGCAGCCGUCAUCAGUUCAGCACAAUUGUGAUAAAACAGACGCCAUUAUUCCUGCCAUAGCAAAUGGACAGAUAGCAUGUGGUGACACUGUGGGUAGUCAUUCACACCUGAGUGAUUUGGACAUGUCCGUGCAGUCUGCUGGACUUGAAUAUUCCUUGUCAGGUCUUCGGAUUGAUGCACCCACACUUCCUCCAAGAACAUAUAAAGCUGCUGCCCCACCUGUACCCCCUAGGAUAAAUAAAGCAUCGGCACCUCCGAUCCCACCCAGGCAGGCAAUAGAAAAACCUAAACACAAAGGCACUGAACAUUCACGAUCAGCACUGGAACCGCCUCCACCACUCCCACCCCGAACAUACAGUCCAGUAGAGUUUCGUGAAGAAAUUGUAGAUGGGGUGGGCACAGCAGCAUCUGCUUCGUCUGACAUUUGCUCUUCGCGAGAACAAGAACUUUUUCCAUGGGGUACUCCAGCAGGUCCUGCCACUUCAAAUCUUUCUGGCACCCAUUCUAAAUCUUUGCAGCCAGAUGCCUCAGCUCCUUCAAGUAAUGUGUCUGCUGCAACUUUUCAUGAAAAUAACCAGCAAGCUUUGGUCACUGCAGCAAGUUCAACACUGUUGCCAGUAACUGAAACUAAUCUGGCAGAACUGCAGUUAGGACAUAGCGGACACAAGGCACCGUCUCGGUCUGGGGUAGACAUUUUACCAGGCUCGCGUGGUAGUCUAGCUCUUUCAACGGUCAGUGAACCUCCAGUCUUGACACUUGUAGGUCAGCCUGAUUCAUGCUAUCUAAAACGGCGAAGUGUUGAUGGCAUAGUCCAGUUAACUGGUUCGCAACCGCCACGUCUGUUCCCACGACAACGACAGUUGUCUACAGAAGAGCGCCAUCUGAACCGACAGCAGAUCAGCCAGCAUUUAGAGCAGUGGACUCGAUCCAGACAGACGUGUAAUCCAUCUAGUAUAUCUACACCUAAUGAUCAGCCAUCUCCACCACCUUAUGAACACGCCUCGCCUCAGCUGGUACCAGCCUCAACAUUUCCGCCAAAUGGGGUACCUCAAAGACAGGCAGACAGUACAGAUGGUCAUCCACACUCAGCUGGCAGAAGUGUUGCACAGUCUCAGGCACCCUCAUCUUUAAACGGUUCCACAUCUUCGUCUUCGACUUCAACUGCAAGAGAGCGAUCUGCUGAUAGAAGGACAAUAAGUGUCGAUGGCAGUGAGGUAUCAAACAAAAGGCCUGUCAAGUAUCAUAGAGUUGAUGACAGAGAUGAUGCCUUGCCUUCAGGAUGGGAGGCGAGAGUAGACAGUCAUGGGCGUAUAUUUUACAUUGACCAUGUGAACCGAACAACAACCUGGCAACGACCCCAAAUUGGCUUGCCUGCUGUGCAGAGGCGAACACUCAGCUCUGAACAAAGGCAGCAGCUCGAUCGCAGAUAUCAGAGCAUUCGUAGAACUAUGUCACAGAGUCAGCAGCAAGCAGAGGCGGAUAAUGCUCCUCCCGGAGAGCCCAGGGAUAUUACAGGUGCCAGUAACCAGCCAGACCAAAGCCCAAGUGCUGCUAGCCCUCCAGAGAGAGUAUCCGAGCGCUCAGAACGCAGUGUUUACAAACUUCCUGCUGUGAAAUUUUUGACACGACCAGAUUUUUUUCCCAUGUUGCAAGCUAACGAGAGCGCAAUGGUUGAUUACAACAGAAACAGCAAGCUGAAGCACAUGAUAACAAAAAUAAGGAGGGACCCAAAAACAUUUGAAAGAUAUCAGCACAAUAGAGACUUGGUAUCCUUUGUGAACCUGUUUUGUGAUACAUCGAAGGAACUUCCUCGACGCUGGGAAAUGAAAUAUGACAGAGCUGGCAAGGCUUUCUUCAUUGAUCAUGUUCUGCGUACAACAACAUUUAUGGAUCCUCGCCUUCCCACCGAUGUUCCCCUCAUCAAUCCAGACUUUCUGCAAAAUCCUGCUCCCCGCACAAGAGCUGUACGGACAGAAUUAGAGGCGCCUCUGCCACCUCCAAGACCAACACCUAAUGAUAACACAGCAGCAAUUCCCACUGCUUACAAUGAAAAAGUUGUGCUCUUCCUGCGCCAGCCGAAUGUGGAUGAGCUUCUCCGAGACAGAUGUCCACAGUUUGCUUCCAGUUCUAGUCUCCGAGACAAAAUUGCUAAAAUCUCAGCUCGUGGAGUGGAGAUGUUGGAGAGAUAUUCUAAUGACAUAGAUCUCACUCUCCUGUUAAGCCUUUUUGAGAAUGAGAUCAUGAGUUACGUGCCCCCUACAGUGUGUGCAAGAAACAACCAAGUCAUGGAGGCCACAAAUCAGGGAUCUCCGCAAGGCUCACCAGUUCAGCGCCUCCCCGGUCGGGUUCCAGCUCCUUACAAGCGAGACUUCCAGGCAAAGCUACGAAACUUUUACAAAAAAUUGGAAUCCAAAGGCUACGGGCAAGGUCCUGGAAAAUUAAAACUGACUGUAAGGAGAGACCAUGUUUUAGAGGAUGCUUUCAACAAAAUCAUGUCUACACCAAAGAAAGAACUUCAGAAAAACAAACUGUACAUUACUUUUGCUGGAGAGGAAGGUCUGGACUAUGGUGGCCCAUCAAGGGAGUUUUUCUUUUUGCUGUCCAGAGAGUUAUUCAACCCGUACUAUGGAUUGUUUGAAUACUCGGCAAAUGAUACUUACACAGUACAAGUCAGUCCAUUGUCCACGAUAGUAGAAAAUGCUCAUGAAUGGUUCAGAUUUUCUGGUCGUGUCCUGGGCCUGGCUUUAGUCCAUCAAUACCUGCUUGAUGCUUUCUUCACUCGACCAUUUUACAAGUCAUUGCUGAGAGUACCCUUGUCAUUGGAAGAUGUAGAAUCUCUUGACAUGGAGUUUCAUCAGAGCUUGUUGUGGAUCAAAGAUAACGAUAUCAGUGAAGUUGAUUUGGAUCUCACAUUUUCUGUCAGUGAAGAAGUCUUUGGACAGGUUACAGAACGUGAAUUGAAACCAAAUGGGAAAAAUAUUUCGGUAACAGAACGGAAUAAGAAAGAGUACAUUGAGAAGAUGGUGAAGUGGCGGCUAGAGCGAGGAGUCACAGAACAGACAGAGAGCCUUAUUCGUGGGUUUCACGAGGUUUUGGACGGACGACUUGUGUCGACGUUUGAUGCUCGUGAACUAGAACUGGUAAUCGCUGGUACAGUGGAGAUUGAUAUUACUGACUGGCGAAGAAACACAGACUACAGAUCAGGCUACCAUGACCAGCAUGCAGUGAUCCAGUGGUUUUGGGAAGCAAUCGAGAAGUUUGACAAUGAACGACAGCUAAGACUUCUCCAGUUUGUGACAGGAUCAUCAAGCAUUCCAUACGAAGGUUUCUCUGCUCUCAGGGGUAGCAACGGACCACGCAAAUUUUGUAUAGAGAAGUGGGGGAAGACAACUAGCCUCCCAAGGGCACACACUUGCUUCAAUAGGCUGGACCUGCCUCCUUAUACUUCCUUUGAAAUGCUGUUUGAAAAGUUGGUCAUGGCUGUGGAAGAGACCAGUACUUUUGGCAUCGACUGA